GUUAAUGAGGUUACGACUCUUGCUUACGGCGAAAUUGAACCUAUUGAAGAAAAGAAAAAUGCGUUUUGUCAAUUCCUUUAUUCUUUCAAAAGGGCAAAUGACACGGAAAACUUUUCAUUAAAACGUCGCUUAAAAAGCAGACACAUUCAAAUGAUUGCCAUUGGGGGUACAAUCGGUACCGGCCUUUGGGUCGGAAGCGGCAAAUCACUCUAUAAAGGAGGAGGUGGUUCAGUCAUUCUCAAUUAUGCACUAGUUGGCAGCGCAGUCCUUACUACUGUAUACUCUUUAGGUGAACUUUGUGUCAAUUACCCUGUACCUGGCGGUUACUUUACCUUGGCAUCACGUUUCAUUGAUGAGUCAUGGGGAUUUGCUUUAAACUGGCUUUACGUUAUCGGCGCCAUUGUUAAUAUUCCUUUAGAACUUACAACUGCUUGUAUGUGUCUAAAUUAUUGGACGUCUAUUAACAGUGGCAUAUGGGUUACUUUAUUUAUCCUUUUUUUUCUAUUCAUCAAUGUUUUCGGUGUCAAGGGUUACGGCGAAAUCGAGUUUUUUAUGUCUACAAUAAAGGUAAUCGCUGUAGUGAGUUUCAUUAUACUAGGUAUCGUUAUUGACUGUGGCGGAAUUCCCACGGAUCACCGUGGUUACAUUGGUACUAAAAUAUUCGAAGAAACCGCGUUCCUUCAUGGUUUUCACGGUUUUUGUGCCGUUUUUCUUAGUGCGUCAUACUCAUAUGCAGGGACAGAGUAUGUAGGACUUGCUGCUGCAGAAACGGAAGAUCCUAAGAAGUCAUUUCCAAAAGCCGUAAAACAAACUGUUUAUCGUAUAUUCAUAUUCUACGUGCUGGCUUUAUUUAUCGUGGCUUUACUAAUAAGCGGUAAUGAUAAACGUUUGCGAGCAUUGUCUGGAACAAUGGCUAGUCCUUUUGUUUUAGCCAUUAAAGAUGCGAAUAUUCGAGCACUACCAUCAAUCUUAAAUGCUAUCAUCCUCAUUUCUGUUCUUUCAGCAGCAAACGCCAUGUUUUAUGUUGGAAGUCGUGCUAUUCAUUCUGUUGGCGCACAUGGUCAUGGUCCAAAAUGGUUUACGUACGUCGAUUGUGCUGGUCGACCCCUUGCUGCUUAUGCAAUUCUGUUUUGCUUCUCUUGUCUUGCUUAUCUGAAUGAGUCAAAACAAAAAAGCACUAUCUUCGACUGGCUAAUGUCAGUGUCUGGUUUGAACACGCUUUUUAAUUGGGGUUCUAUUAAUUUAACUCACAUUCGUUUAAGAAUUGCUAUGAAAAAACAACUUUUUAAUGUCAAGCGACUAGCGUAUUGGUCCCCAUUUGGAAUUAGUGGAUCAGUUUACGGUCUCUUUUGGUGUAUUGUGAUGAUGAUUGCACAAUUUUAUGUUGCUAUAUUUCCUUUUGGCGGCAAUCCAAGCAUUGGGGUACUUCUUUCAGGAGUACUUAUCCGCGCCUGUCAUGACAGUUCUCUUCGUAGGUCAUAAGUUUAUCAGAAAAACACCAUGGAAAAAAUCCGAAGAACUUGAUCUAGAAGAAGCGUUUAACGGUUACACAGAUGGUAACAUGCAAUCACAAAAUGAUCAGCUGGAGAAGGUAGAUGUUAGUUCAAAGAAAAGCAUUUUCAAAAGACUGUUCAACCUCUUU